CGUUGUUAGUAGGAAGAAGAAGCCGAUUCUGGAAGCCAUUACGUUGCGCACAUCAAUUGAGUAAAUCCUACUAUUUUUGCGUACAAUACGCACAAUUACCUCUCCAAAAGAGCAAUUUCUGCAACUAUGGCAUCGGUCGCGAAAAAGAGAAAAAUGAAUUUCUCGGAGAGAGAGGUGGAAAUUAUUGUGGAAGAAAUAGAGAAACAAAAGCACACACUGGUUAACCACUUCAAUGCUGGAGUCACCCACAUGGCAAAGAAUAACGCGUGGGUGGAUAUCCUGAAAAAGGUGAACGCUGUCACCACCUGUCCCAGAGAGUUGCCCGAGGUGAAAAAGAAGUGGUCCGACAUGAAGACGGAGGUCCGGCGGAAGGUGGCCCAGGCGCGGGCAGCUAUAGAGGGGACCUCCGCCGACUGCACUCCAGUUCCCGUCAUCCUCACUGCUAUGCAGCAGAGGAUCUGUAACCUCCUGGGGGAGGCCACCAUCAUCAGCUUACCUGCAGGAGACUCGGAUGCUGAGAUAACUUUACCGGUCACAGUGAACACCACCGCGACUGUCACACUGGCAGAGACUCUUCCAGCUGGCUCAGCCACAGUCUGUGAUGAAGCAAAGCCACUGAAUGCUGAAACAACGUACCACACUCUGGAGGAUGGCGGCGUGGUGGAGUACUGCACCACCACUGUGAGCGACUCCACUCCCACCGUGGUGGCCACCGUCGAGGCACCGGUUGAGAUGCUGGCCUCAUCCUCAGCUUCCCCGCCUCCGCCACAGGGUCAGGCCAAACCUCAGGAGCUGAAGAGCCGCAUCGCCCUCAACUCGGCCCGCCUGCUGCAGGAGCAGAGAGUCACCAACGUCCACAUCCGACAGAUCGCCCAGCACCUGGAGGGCCAGAACGAGCUGCUGCAGAUGAUGCGGCGCUCCCAGGAGGCCCAGGCAUUCGCCCAGGAACGACAGGCCCAGGCCCUGGAGGGUACCCAGGCUGCCCUGCUAGCGUUAGUGCAGAUGCUCAGGCCCGCUCUCAAAGACCUGCGCAAAUUCCUGCAGAGUGGGACUGAGGUGGCGAAUACUAGCAGCUCAGCAGCAGGAGGGACAGCUGAAGGGGCAGGAACAGAGGAGCAGAGCAGGCCCAAAACUCCUCCACCUCCUCCACAGCAAGCCGAGGAGACACAAUAGAUACGUGUGUGUGUGUGUGUGUGUGUGUGUGUGUGUGUGUGUGUGUGUGUGUGUGUCUGGCAAUGCACUGAGACUUCAGAGAACAAUGAAAAGCUUGUCAGAAGUUGCCUUAGAGAGAGCAUGUACAGAAUUUUACUUAUGUUUUAUGGUUUGGUCAGAAGAAAAAAGAAAAACUUACGUUGAGAAGAUUAUUUUUACCAUCUGACACUUCAAUUAGGGAGUUUGUGCUAUUUAAUACAUUGGAUUUAAUAUUGAAAUUGUGUUUUUAUUGCAGAGAUGCAGAUGGUCAUCGCCCUGAUGUUAAAUGAUGAACAUUUGAUUCUUUGGUUUUUUCAAGUCUAUUCUGAAUGAACAAUAAGUAGUCUUGUUUUUUAAGAGCAGAGUCAGCUGGGGUCGUCAGUUCAUCCGCACCAUGUCUUCAGAACUGAAUAAAACUUAAGAAAAAUUAGCAGCCUGUGUUUUGUUCACAGGGUGCACCACUGUUAAUCAACCAGAAGAGGUCAGUGUGUGUAAGCAAUCAAAUCAAAGGUGGAGCAGCAGUGUAGUUUGAAGUAAAUAUUGAGAUGAAAUGUAUUUAAUGUGGAAUACCACAGCCAUUUAUUUAGUUUUAAGUAAGUAUUAAGUUAUAUAAAUUGGAUUUAUAACAUGAAUAUAGCAGCAAAAAAGUCAUGGUGUCACUCUCCCUCUGCCUGUGUUCCUAUCACGGCCUCUCUGAUGUUUGUUUCCAUCGCCGGUCUGCUCAGUGUGCAGCUGAGUAGAGCCACUGAAACUGCUGUUUUUAUCAUCUACAUCAGUGAAUUAAGGAUUUAUUUCAACCAAACCAGAGUUGGUGAUUGUUGUUGGUGAACAGAGGAAAGACUAACAAAGACAAUUUUGGUGAGUUUUAUUUUGUGUCUGUCCACUUUGAAUGAAGUUAUGAUGUUAUGAUGAUCUGCAAAGUAAAAUUAUAAUUUUUGUCUAUGGGGUCUGGUGGAGAGUGAUAGUGAUAUUAUGGUUUCUGGUUAAAAAAAAAAUUCUUUAGGGAUUCUUCCCAUAAUGCUGUCAGACACUGAGAAUAACAAUCUGAGCUGGUCAUUGGCAAAAACAACAACUUUUGGUCGACGUACUUUGACUUUGUCGCAAAGGACUAAUGUUAGUUUAUGUUGUGGCCGCUGCAGCCCUUUUCACAGAUAUUUCUUUUCACAUAUAACUCUAAUUUAAGGAUUUGACCAAACCCCUGUUGGUGAUUGUUGAAAAGACUAACAAACACGUUUUUGGUGAGUUUUAUUUUGUUUCUUUCCAGUUUGAAGUUUGUUUUAUGAUGAUCUGCAGGCUAAAAUUACUGAUUUUGUUAAUGGAGUCGGGUGUGCCGUAGCAACCAUCUGUUUUCCAUCCAUACAUCCAGUGGCAAGUGAAUUUUGUAUAUAUAACUUUUAGGUAGGUGACUUAGAUUUAGAUAAAAAUGAUAAAUGGUAAAUAGACUUGUAUUUAUACAGCACUUUUUUGGUCUAGCCACCACUCAAAGCGUUUUACGACGCUUGUCACAUGCACCCAUUGACACACAAACAUUCACACACUGCAGUGCAAGGUGCCAUCAGGAGCAAUACAUACAUCACCCAUGCACACAGAUGGCAAAGCAAUUGCGAGCAAUUUGGGGUUCAGUACUUUGCCCAAGGACGUUUCUACUCUGAUUAUUAGAUUACCUGAAAAAAGAAAAUCACUGUAUAGGAUGUUUGAAACUGAUGAAAACAAAUCUGUAAAUUGAUUGGCUAGUUGCACUUCAACUCAAGUUUUUAAAUGAUGAUGAUAAUUCUUCUCAGAUCAACAGCAGCUCCAUUUGCAACAUAACAGAAAAUACAAAAAGAUGAGAAACAAAGAUACAGAUAUUUAACAUAACAUUACAAUAACAUUUGACAUGCAUUUGAUCUGGAAUUGAACUCCAUAUUUAAUUUGACUACUAUUUCAUGUCCUAAUGGCUGCAGUGAAAAAUGUCUAUUGUGGAACCCUUUUUCUCUGGUUUAAUGGUAACAAUUUGUACUCACUGUGCAGGACAUGGUUGGGUCAGAGACAGUGUUAUUGGGCAGCUUUAAUGUGUUACUAUGGUAGGUUGAUUCAUAAAGUUUCUCACCUACAACCUAACAUCUCCUCGAUCAGACUGCUCUGCAGGUACAUGUGGACUUUACAGUAGGUCCACACAGCGAAUAAAGGUGAGGGAAGGUAAAGGUAAGUUCAUUUGUAGUGCCUUUCAACAACAUGGCAAUUUAAACAGCUUUUCUUAAGACAUAAAAAGAGAUUAAAGGCCCUGAAAAUGAGCCUUUCCCCAAAAAGAGGGUGAUGAGGUCCUACAUGAACAUUGUAACAUUGUUUUGGCUGUGUAAAUAGGCAACUGUUUGCUGACAUAUUUACCAUAACUUUAUUAGGUGAUGGUGUGUUAGAUGUUGUCUUUGCAGCUUGCUGUCACGUUCUUCUGCCCCCACAUGGCUGAAAAAAGGAAUCAUACAGCCCCAAAGUCCACUAUUUAUAUUCUGAUCCUGGGCACAAAGAGGCAACAAUAAUCCUCUACAACCAAAUAGUUAAGAAGAAUAAGGCACUCCAUAGGGACAAAUGUCAAUAAGCUUUGUGUUGUGAGUUUUUUCCUCGAUAACCACAGCGCUUACACUGUGUGUGUGUGUUCAGUUCAGUUUACCCAAAGAUCGGUCACAGCUAUUUGAUAUUAACUACAAUUGCAUUAAAACUUAUAUAUAUGAUGGCUUCCAGGGUCGAGGCUUGCAAAAAAUAAAUAUUCUUCCCAGA